GUUUUUUUUAGUUGCUGCUGAGGAUUAAACGCACAGAGCAUCACCAUGGAAACCGUGUCAGUCGUGCUCUUCCUGCUAUCAGCUUUUACUCCUCCAGUCCAGAACCAACUCACUUUACUCCAUUUCAUUCCGGGUGACAUGAAUCAGACUGACGCUCGGGAAGCUUGCAGAAAAAAAUACACUGACCUCGUCACUGUGUACUCUGAUGAAGACAACACUAAACUGUCUAACCUAUGGAUACCGGCCUAUAUCGGACUGUAUCGCAGUAAUUUCAGUGAGAAAUGGUCUAAUGGUGAUAAUGUAACAUACAGAAAUAUGACAGGGGAUUGUGGGACAUCGAGCGUCUGUGCUGUUAUGAAGGCUGAUGGUUCAUGGGAAAGUGCUCCAUGCACAGACACAAGAUAUUUCAUGUGUUAUGAACAAGAUGCUUCCUCACAGACUCGUAAUUAUCAUCUAAUCCUUGAGACUAAGACCUGGUAUGAAGCUCAGCGUUACUGUAGACAGAGAUACACUGACCUGGUCAGCAUCAGAGAUCAGCAGCACAAUGAUGAGGUGAUGAUUAAAGGGUUAAACAGCAGCACACCCUUCUGGACCGGCCUGCUGUGUGAUGACUGGCAGUGGAUUGAUGGAGGAAUCUCUGCCUACAGAAACUGGGCUUGGCAGAGCGGUGAACCUUAUCCAUCACCAUACAACUGUGUAGUACAUUAUAUAUGGGGAUGGGACACAGUCCAGUGCAAUAAUCAUUACUCUGCUUUCUGCUACUCCAGUAAGUGUCGACUUCUUGAACAGUAAAAUCAACUCAGCAAUCUUCUGUAUGAUGACUAGAACACAACUGGUGUGAGUCUCUGUCUCUGA